UAUCACAUAUCAAGAAGCUCUUUGGAGAUGUCCAUAUGGCCUUGAGUCAUCAACUUUGUGUGUGAGCCAAUUUGGAAGCAGAUCCUCCAGCUUCACUCAAGCCUUCAGAUGACUGCAGCCCCAACCAACCUCUUGACUGCAACCUCAUGAGAAACUUUCAGCCAGAACCAGCCAGUACUGAACUCCUGACCCACAAAAAUGCAUCCACCUGGACAGUGUAUUUAUCCUCUGACACAGGAAACUUCGGGGCAUUAAACUUCUUCUCAAAGUCAUCUACCAAGCCAGCCUUUGCCACAUUGGCCCUGUAGUAAGCCCAAUCGAUAGCAGGUGGUUUCUCAGGAAGAGUAGCCAACCCAGAGCAUGGAAUUUGUCAGCAACUGGAAAUGAAGGCUUUUUAAAGCAAAAUUUUAAAGCUCCCUCCUUCCUUUUCAACUUGGCAAGCACUUGAUGAGAGAUAGUAUGUGGCCACCAUUAUCCUAGACUGUGAAGAAUAUAUGAUAGGGUACCUGUGAAGAAACUAAAACACGAAAAAAAGAAAAAGAAAAGAAUUUAAAAUAGAAUAUUCAAUGGCUAAUAAGGGACAUGAAGAAGAAAUUUGUGGGGAGCAGUGUCUUUGGGAAAACCUUAUGGAGAGAGAAGGCUGAUUGACAAAUGAAAGCAUUCCAGAUAGUGAAGACACCUUGAGCCAUGGCUUUAGAGCAGGUAACAUCUAAAGGAACUGGUUUAAAUCCUAAUGCCAAAGUAUGGCAAGAAAUUCCUCCUGGAAAUCCGGAUGCCACUCAAGUAACUCAUGGAACUGAAAGCUCUUGGCAUGAAACAGCAGCCACAUCAGGGUCUCAUCCUGAGGGUAAUACAGAGCUUUCAGAUGAUAUGUGUAAAGAAUAUGAAGUAAUGUAUUCAUCUUGCGAAACCACCAGAAAUACUAUAGGCAUUGAAGAAUCAACUGAUGGGAUGAUUUUAGGGCCAGAAGAUCUGAGUUACCAAAUAUAUGACGUUUCUGGAGAAAGCAGUUCAGCAAUUUCUGCAGAAGACCUAAAAGAAUGUCUGAAGAAGCAAUUGGAAUUCUGUUUCUCCCGAGAAAAUUUGUCAAAGGAUCUUUACCUGAUAUCUCAGAUGGACAGUGAUCAGUUCAUCCCAAUUUGGACAGUUGCCAACAUGGAAGAAAUAAAAAAGCUGACUACAGACCCUGAUCUAAUUCUUGAAGUGUUGAGGUCUUCUCCCAUGGUGCAAGUUGAUGAGAAGGGUGAGAAAGUGAGACCAAGUCAUAAGCGUUGUAUUGUGAUUCUUAGAGAGAUUCCUGAAACAACACCUAUAGAGGAAGUUAAAGCUUUGUUCAAAAAUGAAAACUGCCCCAAGGUGAUAAGCUGUGAGUUUGCACACAAUAGCAACUGGUAUAUCACUUUCCAGUCAGACACAGAUGCACAGCAGGCUUUUAAAUACUUAAGAGAAGAAGUUAAAACAUUUCAGGGCAAGCCAAUCAUGGCAAGGAUAAAAGCCAUCAAUACAUUUUUUGCUAAGAAUGGUUAUCGAUUAAUGGAUUCUAGCAUGUAUAGUCAGCCCAUUCAAACUCAAGCACAGUAUGCCUCACCAGUUUUUAUGCAGCCUGUAUAUAAUCCUCACCAACAAUACUCGGUCUAUAGUAUUGUGCCUCAGUCUUGGUCACCAAAUCCUGCACCUUACUUUGAAACACCACUGGCUCCCUUUCCCAAUGGUAGUUUUGUGAAUGGCUUUAAUGCACCAGGAUCUUAUAAAACAAAUGCUGCUGCUGUGAAUAUGCCUCGACCAUUCCAAAAAAAUCGUGUGAAGCCUCAUUUUAGGUCAUCGAGUGGUUCAGAACACUCGACAGAGGGCUCUGUGUCCUUAGGGGAUGGACCAUUAAACAGAUCUAGUUCAAGGAAUUUUCCAACUGAACGGCAUAACCCUACAGUAACAGGGCAUCAGGAGCAAAGCUACCUGCCAAAAGAAACUCCUGUUUUACAGAUGGAACAGAAUGGGGACUAUGGUAGGGGCAGGAGAACUCUUUUCAGAGGUCGAAGACGACGGGAAGAUGAUAGAGUCCCAAGACCCCAGUCUUCAUCAGCUGAAGCAAAGGCUCCAACACCAAAGUUUGACUUACUAGCCUCAAAUUUUCCUCCUUUACCUGGAAGUUCAUCAAGAACUCCAGGUGAACUUGUUUUGGAGAGUAGAAUGUCUGAUGUUGUUAAAGGUGUCUACAAAGAAAAGGAUAACGAAGAGUUGAGAGUUAGUUGCCCAUUGCCUGCAGAGGAUGAACAGACAGACUGCACCUCUGCACAGCAACUAAGUAUGAGUACCAGUCCUCUUUGUACAGCUGAGCUUCCUGCAUUAAGCACAACUCAGCAAGAAAAGGAUCCAGUAGAGGAUUCCACUGUUCAGAAGGAUGUGCUCAACCAGACAAAUACAGUUUCUCCCCCAAGUACUGCAAAGCCAUCAAGGACAAAUAGUGCUUCACCAUGUAAUAUAAACAUAAAUGCAGCUGUAGCUGUGGCCCUACAGGAACCUCGAAAGCUAAGUUAUGCUGAAGUAUGCCAGAAGCCCCCUAAAGAACCAUCUCCAGUUCUUGUGCAGCCACUACGAGAACUUCGCUCCAAUGUAGUGUCUCCCACCAAAAACGAAGAGAAUGGAGCUCCUGAGAAGUCCAUUGAGAAAUCACAUGAGAAGCCAGAAGCAAGGGCUAGUAAGGAGUAUUCUAGCUUCCGAGGCAAUACCAUUCCCAGGGGAGCAGCUGGAAAAAUCAGGGAACAGAGACGCCAGUUUGGCCAUAGGGCUAUACCUCAGGGAGUGACUCGACGUAAUGGCAAAGAGCAAUAUGUGCCACCCAGAUCACCAAAGUAAAAAAAACAAAAACUAUUCAAAAACUUCUCUCUCUUCCCAUUAAACUUGAGCCGUGGCUAUAUUGAACUGUUCUGGAGGGGAGGGGGUAGCCAGGAAGGAAACAGAAAAGUGUAUGUCCUUAAAUCAUUAUGGAUUUUGGAGUUGUGAGCAGUAGAAUCCCAAAAUUCAUCUCUAAAAUGAUUUUAAAAUGCUGGAGGAUUCCAAUCAGUAUAAAUAUAUAUAUAUAUAUGUAUACAUAUAAAAAUAUAAUUUUUCUAUUUUUGUUUUUGAUUUUAAUUUGCAGAGAUCUUCUGCCUAGAAUCAAUUUUGAGGGUUCAGAUUUAGCUUGAGAAAAAAACAUAUUACACAUCCUUCAGUACAGGAGAUGAGGGAGUGAGAGAAAAUAUUUUUUGAAGAAGCAUUUCUGUAAAAUUAGAAAUUACUUUUUUUAAUCUAUUUAAAGUUUGGCUUGGAGAAUGCCAUCUCUGCCUAUAUGGCCUUGUGUUGCAAAGCAGAUCAGUGGCUGGGGUGCCUGUUGUGUGAGUGUGUGCAAGAGUGACUGAAGCCAAAUCUUGUUGUCAUGUUAGUAAAUGAUUUGAAAAACUGAAUGUAAUACUUGAGUAGAUUUUUUUUUUCCAUUUUGAAAUUCAGUCUGUCUUUUUGACCUUAAUAUUUCAUUCAACAAGCUGUUAAACUCUGAUUGUACUUAGAGAUGUGACUAUCAAUCAGUUUGAUACUCAAGGAAAGAAAAGGGGUUACUCAAAAAAUCAAAACUUUGUCUUACAUCUGAGUGGAUAGGUCAAAUGGACUUCAGAGGUUUAAACUGCUUUGUGAUUUCCUGUCAACCCAACUCUAAAAUAGGAGACAGGUUUUUUUGUUACUUCAUUGUUAUUCUCUGUUCUUUGACUACCCACCCCCAAAAGCAGAAUAACCAAUAUUCUACAGAAUUGUAUGUUUCUAACUGCCUUGACCAGUUUAGUCAAAUCAUAUAACUGUUCUAAAUCUCUGAUUGAACAUUGAAGUAGUUAACUCUUAUGUUCAUGUAUUUAGAACUUUAGAUCCCAGAAUGUAGGUCAGACUGACCCUACAGUAAUUUGUGUUCGUGUUAAAGAUGAAACAUUGUAACUGAUUUCUUAAAGUGUUAAAUAGUGUAGAGGUUAAAAAAAAAUGUAAAGGCUUAAUUUGGGGGUAACCUUUUUCUGUUUACAAUGUAUUUUAUCAUCUUCUUCCUUCCCUUUCUCUCCCCCCCCCCCCAAAAAAAAUUACAGUUUGGAAUUCACAGAAACAGAACCAGCAAGUCAUGAGAUUUUUGAGUUAAGGUGAGAAAGAUAGUCGAAGAAAAUACAUACUUUCUCAGUGAAUAAAGUAGCUGUCAUAUUAAGUAGGCAAGUUUACAUGCUGGUGUUUAGAAAAUGGCUAAAAUAUUAAAAACCAUGUUGCAUUUUAAUGUUUUAAGUCAUACCAUUUUCAGAGUUCCAUGUAAGGUGGGGUUUUGUUUUCUUUUUAGGGAUAGUUUUUAAUAGUAAUAACUGUCCCUUAUGUGAGUAAAUUACAUAUGUACAAAUCGAAACUGUAAAUUGUGAACACUGGAAAGCACCAUUGUGACAUAGAGUAAACAUCUUAGUAAUAUAUGAAAAUGAAUGUAAAUGGAGGUUAAAAUUACAUUACUGUGAAACUCCUCUUCCAACUCUAAGUUAAGCUUUGGAGAUUUGUAUUAGUAGGUAACUAAACACUGCACAUUUCUGUACAAGCCAGGAUUAUAUUUUCUUUGUAACUUAUUAUUCAGCUUGGUAAUUGCUUUUGAUUUGGUGGAUUGAUAACAUGGUAUAAUAUAUUUAAGCAGUUUGAAACUAUUCAUUUCUACACACUAUUUUUAAAAAUCAUCUACUAGAUGAAACAUACAAUAAAACUACCUGUGCUGAAAUUUGGGGGAAGUUUAGGUCCUUAAAAAAAAAAAAGUAUUAAUAAUCAUUGACUACAUCUAUGAUAAAAGUGCUUAUUUUGGUUUACUUAGAUAAUGCUGCAGUUGGUGGAAUUGAUAAACAUUUAAAGUGUUAACACUCUGUGAAUGCAUUGGAUUUAAGAGAAUAAACAUUUUAUAAAAAUCACUUGGUAAGGAUUAUAAACUUAAUUAUUGCACUUAAAAUGAAACAUUACUUUUUUACAAUGUGUCACAGAAAUAGGCUUAUAUUCCUUGUAUGCUUGUGUGACUUACUGUUAGUCCACCCAACUUCUAAAAACUAAAUGUUCUAAUUGAAACACAAGAAAAGAGUCGUCUUUUUGAAGAAAGCAACUGUGUUCUUGGGUUUUUUACUCAAAAUGUUAUUGAAAGUAGAAAUUUGAAGAUAUCGUUUUUACAUUUCUUAUAUAGUGUUUUUAAUUUAAUUUGCCUCAUUACAGCUAGUAGUUCCCAAUUUGGUGGGAUGUAUAGGGAAGAAUAUGUGUGUGUGUGUGUGUGUGUCUGUGUGUGUAUGUGUGUAAUAUAUAUAUUCACAGUAUGUAUUUAGCAUUUAUUUUAUUACAGCAGAUUUAAGGUUUGUAUCUAAAUGAUGCCUAUGAGUUGUGUGAAACUGUGUGGAUUUUUUCCAGCAGUUCUCUGUAACUGAUGCGGGUUGGGUGUUUGUGGUAGUUCAACUAUUUAUUUGGUUCUGUAGAAGGAGGAAUUUAAAUUUAAAUGUCAAAUUUUUCUCUUCAUCUUUAUGACUUAACAUUUCCUUGGGUUGUUGGAGGCUAAAAAUAGAUACAAAUGAUACUGAGUGUAUAGUAUGGUGGUUUUCUGUCGUUCUUAUUGCAUGAAGAGAACAAGAGUCACACAAGUUCAUCACUUUGCACUUCAUAGAGAAGGUGUAUGGAGAUACUGUAAAUCCUGUCUCCAUUUUCUGUCCUGAUAAUUGAGGUUUUUGUGAUAUCUAGGGCCUGUCUCUACUCUGAGUGAUUUCAUUUUUGCAAAUAUAGACACUGGCAUUCAAAAGUGAUCCAUCUAAAUUUUAUUCACUUGGAUUUUGAAAGAAGAUAAGAUCUUUCAGUAAUAAGGAUUUAUUGUUGUCAUCUGAUGUGCUUGAUUUGCAUGUAAUCUCAAAUGACAUGCCGAUUUUUUUAUUUAUUUUUGGUUCCUAAAAUUAAGGUAGCUUGAAUAUUGUUUCACAUUCCUUUUUAAAUAACCAGGUUGGCUUUGCAAAAGGCUUAAUGAUGGAGUAUUUGCAUCUGCUGGAGCAGAAAAUAGUAUUUAAAAGUUACUGAAUGCUUUCUUUAGCUUUAUUAGUUAUGGCCUUAAUAUUUAGUCUUUUGGCUUAUUAAAUGUCCACUGGUUUUACUUUGACACAGUUGAAUGGCACUGGGGUUAAGUCUCUUGAUAUUUGUGUUGGGCAUGUGUAUUAACUAUAUUUGAAAAGUACGUAUUUUGUUUAUUUUUACACAAAAGAGAAAAGCAAGAAGACCGUGUAUUCCUUUUGAGGGUUUUUAUAAAUUCUUAAGAUGAGGUUUCUUCCUAAUUUUUUAGAUUUCCUUACAAUUUGGUGGCCAUUAAUUUAACUUUAGGCCUUUUUUUUUUUUUUUUUUUUUUUUUUUUUGGCGUAUGCUAACAUAGCUAGUCUGAGCUUCCAAGAAAAUACAUAGACCUUUCAGUUUUUAUCAACUGAAUGAAACGUUUUAAGAAGUUGAAAGAGGAUCUGUGUUCAGGUUAAAAAUAAAUUCUCUUUCAAAAUCACCUGAUUAUUAAAUAAUUUGUUUUUAAAAACUAACAACUUUUUAUGAAUUGUGGAGUAGACAGUUCCUAAAAGUACAACUCAGAUGUCAGCAGGCUGUGUAUAAAAAUAAAAUGGUUUUAUUUUCAGUUUUGUACCGCAAAACACUGAUCAGUCUAUAUAAAGAAACAUCAACAUCAAUGUUGAUUUUUUUUUUUAUUUGCCUGAUUUACAUGUCUUUUGAGUGACCCCUGUUAAAUGUUCGGGGUCGGGGAUCAGAACCAGUUAUCCAGCUUCUAUUUUGUCCAUUGCUUAAGUUUGUUUCUAUUGUCCAAACUGCCCCUCCCCCCAAAAAAAGAUGGUGUGACACAUGCUCAUGCUUAUUAUGUUAAAAUGAGAACAUCCUUGUAUUUGUAUUUCUGUUUUCAACAUUGCCAAGGUGCUAUGGGAAAUUAAAGUAACACAAAAUUAGAAAAAAAUAAAAUUAUUUAAAAGCA